UGACAAUAAUACUGGCAACGUAUAUAUAAUUGGUAUGGCUUUGGAUAUACACGAGGGUGUUGUUUCCCGGCUUCAAGAUUUUUUCAAGGCUGCGAACGGUGGAGUUGUUGAUGAUCCUCCCAUAAAAGUUUAUAGACAACCUUUUCAUUACAAUCCUGAUGGAAGUGGAGUUAAAAUAGCCCCUGAUGUUGCUGUAUAUCCAGAUAUAGCAUUUGUUCCAAGGCCUGCUUUAUCAACCGUAAUACCCCGUCCUCCCAGUAAUGUAGAUGGAAAUCCACAUGCGCGGAUAAUAUGUGAGGUAGCAGUAGGUCAAAGUGUUGGUUAUUUAAGACAAAAGUGUUUGACUUGGAUGUCUGAACAAUAUGUUCGUGCGGUUGUUAGUAUUAGGAUUUUAGAAGCAAGACCAGGGAUUCAAGAACCUAAUACUGGUUAUUCUUAUAGAACAAUGACGGCGAAACUUUAUCGUCAAGGAAUGGCAACACAAAGAUGGGAUUUUGGAAAUGUUAAAAAACAUUCAAGAGAUCCUAUCCGUGAUCCUGCUCCUUGCAAUGCACCAAACUUGGCACAAUUUCAAAUAAAUAUUCCCGUAGGUGAAGUAUUUUGGGACCCACCAGCAUUUCCCAUCCCACCUGGAUAUGCACCAAUAAUCCCCCCUGCGGUUGCAGUCAACAAUUUCACUAUUGACUUGUACCGGAUACAACGAGUAGCUUUAAGAGCUAAAAUGUGA